ACUUGCGCUCAAACCGAAUAGUUAAGAGUGUGCUGUCUUGCGCAGAGAAACAAGAUUUCUGCCACUGACCAUGCAAGAGCGCCAGCAUCGAAAGCCGCCAGCGGAAAGAGUACUAACCUUAAGACUCAAGAUUCGCGCCCGGGCGUAGCAGAGGUGAGACGGCAUCAGAAAAAUCAAAUAGAGAAGAACGCGAACGUGAAGAAGUCUUCGUCUAAGUCCCAAAAAACAGGCGAGGAAAAAAAACCUGCGAAUGAGCCAGAUACGGAGCGCACUUCGCAGAUGAUGUCAGCCAAGCUCAGCAAAACAGUCAACCUGACUGCUGUAAGCAUGGCCCUCAUCAAGAUGCGUCGACGUCGUAGGAUUGUGCAUUCUGGAGCGAGUACACCGAAUAAAGGUGUUGGGAGCCCAGAUGAAACAAAAGACGGGGUCCAAGCCGACGCUGAUAACGAUGAUGACGACGACGAGGAUCCUGAGCAGCUGCCCUUCCUCCUGGUGGCCGGCGCUGUCGUAGUUGCACUGAGCAUUCUCUUCCUGGGUAUCUGGACCUUCAACUUCAUAAUAGCCAAGGCAUUGCAAGCGCUCAACGGAACCGAGGAGAUGAAGCUUCGUCACUUUCUCAAGGACGUGAUGAGGGCUUGCAUAUCUAAAGAGUGUCACGAGGCCACCGCCGCACUCGCCGAUUCCGUCCGUUCUCAGAGCGCUAACCCAUGCUCCGAUUUUUAUAACUUCUGUUGCGGACUCUGGAACGUAUCGCAGCAGGGUAUCAUCCACGGAGGUAACCACUCGGGCUCUUAUCAUCUGUGGCUUGAAGAGCGCUACGUCACCCAUGUGCACUCCUGGAUGCUCCGUCUGCUCACAGACAUAGAGACAGGCGAGGCCAAGAAAGAUUGGACGGCCGCCAGACUGGUUGCCCGUGCGUACCAAUCUUGUGUUGCUUUCUUUGCUAACGUGACUAUCAGUGGCCACUUAAUUUCGAUGUGGAAGUCUGCUGGCAUGGACACAGUUACAUGGAUGAAGGUGGCCAACUUCUCGCAGCUCUUCACCCUGGUGGUUCUAAGCACUCUGAACAAUCACCUUCCGUCUGCUCUGAGUGUUGAUUACGAUGAACAUGGAACAGUGGACGUAUAUACCGGCAGCCCGAUCGAAAUGAAUAGCAUCAACUCUGACCUGAUAAGCGAGUUGAUAGACGAGGCCUCCUCUGCACUGGAGCUCCGCUACCCUUGGGCGCUAACCGCCAGUGUGAAGCGCUUGGACGGCGCUGUGCGUGUAUUUACCCAGUCGGCACGAGCCAAUAUGAAGUCUGUGCGUACCGUGGAGAAAGGUGCAUUGGACCUGGACGCAGUCGGUGUCAGGUGCGUGGAGUUCUUGCACUUGCAAUUUAAUCGUGCACUGCCGACGGUCAUGGCUGAUGAUGAGGAGACCGAGGACAAGGUGGCGGACACCAUCGUUGCCAUCUGGAAGCAUGUUCGAGGAGCAGCGCUGGAAUGGUGGAAUUUAAGCAAAGGGCUUGAGCUGAACAAAACAGUACUGCGCGAUCACAUGAGUGCCGUCAGAAUACACACUGAACUAGAACCUGUGGAUACAGAAGAAGAUCCUGCGCUGGAAGAACCUUACAGCGAUGACUUUCUAAGCAACCUCGUACUAAGCACGAGACUCACGGGGCAUCGCAUCAAUAUAAGCCAAGAACUCGGACGUUUGCCACUUAUUCGGGGACAAUUUGAAGCCGUUACCCUGCAACCAGACUUUCUCUACCCAAUGGCUCCGGAGCCCAGUGUAAACUACGGAACUAUGGGCGUCAUGAUUGCGAAGCUGAUGUUUGACUCCGCUUUGCAGCCCGCUUCGCCACACGACGGGCACCGAGUGCAAGGACAGGCCGAAGAAGCUUUCGGAACGUGUCUCGCGUCGUAUGCGAAGGAGGCGCUGAAUGUUACCUUCGAGCCGACCGAGUGGAAGGUGCACGCAAGAACAAAGUGGGCCAUGGAGGCGGCGUUUCUCGCCACGAGGCGCAACUAUAAUUUCGUUGGAAAGCUUGUCAUGGACCGAUUUCUCUUUGUGCGUUUCGGACGCACCUUCUGCGGCGACACGUACCUUUCGCCGCUGCAGUUUGCGACCAAGUCGUCGACACUCUUUGCCACAGUCUUCUCUUGUAAGCGCGCACGUGAGGCCCUGUGCUAACAUUGACUGGCCGCAGAGCGUGAAAAUAUCAGAAUACUUUCGUUAAUUAUUGUAAGAUCUAAUGAAACAAGUGCGCAAAUACUCUGAAUAACUCUCGGCAUUAUACAGUUGUAAUAGUGUAGCACUCACGGAUUCUAGCACCAUUUGCGAAUUUGGGUACAAAGCACUGAUUUUAG